AUGAAUGACCUCGAGCGCGUUGGCAGGAACAUCGUGCGCACCUUCUACGACCCCCAGCCAGCCAACGAUGCAAAAUGCCCCAUAUGGUGUCUGGGCCAGCAGUACGACCCAAAGCCCCCGCCGCCCAGGUCCACGCCCGCCCACGUAGCGGAUACCUCCACGACCGCCGCAUCUUCCCCUGCACCGCACUCUGAGCGAACAGGCGCUACAGAGGAUGACAGCUGGAUACGCACGAGCCUUGACGAGGAGCGCAACGAGGCGACAAACGGCGAAGACCCCGCGCGGUGUGGCGGCUGGCCGCAGCCCUUUCUUGACGACUUCGAGUCGCGCAUAUGGAUGACGUACAGGUCCGGCUUCCCGCCCAUACAGAAGAGCCAGGACCCAAAGGCAACAGCGGCCAUGAGCUUCAGAGUGCGGAUGCAGAACCUGGCGCAGAGUGCCUUCACGGCAGACACGGGAUUCGGUUGCAUGAUACGCUCCGGACAAUGUAUUCUGGCAAACACGAUGCUGUGCCUGCGCCUAGGCAGAGCACCAGACUGGAGAGUACAGGGCUCCAAGCCCGAGAGCAGCGACCGCCCGAUUCUGUCCCUCUUUGCCGACGACCCCAGGGCACCUUUCUCAAUCCACCGCUUCGUGCAGCAUGGAGCUGCAGUGUGCGGCAAGUACCCCGGUGAAUGGUUUGGGCCGUCAGCAACAGCUCGCUGUAUUCAAGACCUGGUCAGCCAGUACAAGCCCGCCGGCUUAAGGGUCUAUGUCUCCGGUGACGGCGCGGAUGUGUAUGAAAACAGGCUCCGAGAUGUCGCCGUCGAUGACCAUGGCACGUUUCAGCCUACCUUGAUCCUCGUAGGCACCCGCCUGGGGAUCGAUAAGGUCACCCCCGUGUACUGGGAAGCCCUGAAGUCUGCAUUGCAGAUGCGCCAGUCGAUUGGAAUCGCAGGCGGCCGCCCAUCAGCAUCCCACUACUUUGUCGGGACUCAAGGCAACCACUUUUUCUACCUGGACCCGCACUUCACACGCCCUCUGCUCCCCUACCAUGAAGAUCCUUUGUCUUACACUCGGGAAGACGUCGCGACCUGCCACACGCGCCGCCUCCGGUGCAUCGAGAUCCGGGAAAUGGACCCUUCGAUGCUCAUCGCCUUCCUCAUCCGCGACGAGGAUGACUAUGAAGACUGGAAAGAGGGCAUAGUCAGCGUGCAGGGAAAGUGUAUCGUGCAUGUUAGCCAGAUCGAGCCGGCGCCCAGGGGACAAGAGAGAGAGGGUGCUGUGGAUGAGGUGGAGAGCUUUGACGAGGAGGGCUUACAGUAG